UCCGCUGGGUUGACUGGUCCGUUAUCAGUGAGCCGCUCUGGGUCUUCUUUGGCUGCUGUUAGCAGUAACGAUGGCAGCUCCGGUCUCGGCACACAGUCCCUCUGUUCUGCGUAAUUAAGAGCGGGCCGCAGUCUGCGUCUCCGGGCGCAUGGAGCAGCCGCUCGCCACUGGAUCAGCGCUAGUGUCUGUUCUCGCUCGUGACCGCCGGAGCAGCUGCCGGCGGCUUUCUGCCGACUCCGCAGUGUCCACCGGGUAAAAUGGCGGACUGUUUGCUGCAGUCUGCGGCUAGCUAGCAGCACCGCUGCCCGUCUCUGGACCAACGGUUUGGUCUGGUUCUUCUCUGGUUCGACACAAGCGGCUGGUUCUUCGCGGUCUCGCGAACGUUACCGACCCUGGGACGGACGCUGGUCCCCGCCCGCUGAGUGAUAUUGGGCUAGUUAGCCACUAAGCUAGUUACUGGGCUAAUGCUAACCCGUCACUGUUAGCAAGCGGGACACUAUUUAAAAACUUGAGACAACCGUCAGCUGUACUUAUUAUUAUUAUUACUUUUUUUAAUCUCUCGCCGAGGACCGGGCUCUGACAGCGGCGUCAUGGCAUCCGAAUUUGCGGUCCCCGCGGUGCAGCAGCCCCGCUGGAAGCGCGUCGCGGGCUGGACCGGCCCGGUGCCGCGGCCCCGGCACGGACACCGAGCUGUAGCCAUCAAGGAGCUGAUGGUGGUGUUUGGCGGAGGGAACGAGGGCAUCGUGGACGAGCUCCACGUCUACAACACAGCCACCAACCAGUGGUUCAUCCCUGCAGUCCGCGGCGACGUCCCCCCAGGCUGUGCCGCUUAUGGCUUUGUGUGCGACGGGACGAGGCUACUGGUGUUUGGGGGGAUGGUGGAGUAUGGCAAAUACAGCAACGACCUGUACGAAUUGCAGGCAAGUCGCUGGGAGUGGAAACGUCUGAAGGCCAAAUCUCCAAAGAACGGCCCGCUCCCCUGUCCCCGCCUCGGACACAGCUUUUCUCUGAUUGGUAACCGCUGUUACCUCUUUGGAGGACUGGCCAAUGACAGCGAGGAUCCCAAGAACAACAUCCCCAGGUACCUGAGUGACUUGUACUGUUUGGAGCUGCGCCCAGGCUCCAGCGUGGUCGGCUGGGAAAUCCCAGUGACGUUAGGUCAGCCGCCACCACCCAGAGAGAGUCACGCGGCCGUGGUGACAAGCGGCCCCGGAGCCAACAGGCUGAUCAUCUAUGGAGGGAUGAGCGGCUGUCGCCUGGGAGACCUGUGGGUCCUUGACAUAGACUCUCUGACCUGGAGGAAACCGAACCUCAGUGGAACAGCCCCCCUUCCCCGCAGCUUGCACUCCGCUACUGCCAUCAAUAACAAGAUGUAUGUGUUUGGAGGUUGGGUUCCUCUGGUGAUGGAUGAUGUUAAAGUGGAGUCUCAUGAGAAGGAGUGGAAGUGCACCAACACGCUGGCUUGCCUCAAUUUGGACAUCAUGUGCUGGGACACUGUUCUGAUGGACAGUUCGGAGGAGGAUGUCCCCAGAGCUCGAGCAGGUCACUGCAGCGUCUCCAUCAACUCCAGACUCUACGUCUGGAGCGGUAGAGACGGAUACAGGAAAGCCUGGAACAACCAGGUGUGCUGCAAGGACCUGUGGUACCUGGAGACAGAGCGUCCCUGUCCUCCCUCUCGGGUGCAGUUGGUCCGGGCCAACACAUCAUCUCUUGAGGUGAGCUGGGGCCCGUCACAGACUGCGGACACGUACCUGCUGCAGCUGCAGAAGUACGACAUUCCUGCUACACCUUCCCCCAGCCCUGCCCCAGUCGCAAAGGCACCAGCCAACCAGGCUGUGCCGCUCUCUGGCAACACGCUGGUCCCUUCCUCCAAUGCCUCCAUUCCUGGAAGCCCAUUGGCCGCAGCUGCAAUAACACCAGUUGUCCUGAAAGUCGCAGCAGCUCCAGGUGCAGCAGGAGGAGCCUCCAUUCUAACUGCGAGACAGGCAACGCCCAAAUCCCCAGUUGCCAUGACAACUCUUCCUGCAGGUGUUCGUAUGGUGGUCCCUGCUCAGACCGGACAGGGGACGGUAUGCACAUCUGUUCUCAAGCCAGUAGGCAGCAGUCCUCAGAUGAGCGGCAUGGCAGCGUUGGCGGCAGCGGCGGCAGCAACUCAAAAGAUCCCUCCGCCCUCGCCGGCAGUGCUAAAUGUCCCUGCAGGAACUGCAAUUGUGAAAACGGUGUCUGUGGGUCCAGGAUCCAGCAGUCUGCCGCUCAAUGUGUUGUCUCCUGUUACCAUGGUGAGCAACCCUGCCGCUCAGAUGCUCAAGACGGCUGCUGCUCAGGUGGGUGGGGCCUCAGGUGUCUCCACUCCCGGCACACCGAGCCGACCUGUCAUCACGGUCCAUAAGUCUGGCACGGUGACAGUCUCCCAACAAGCUCAGGUGGUCACUACGAUGGUGGGUGGAGUCACAAAGACCAUCACUCUGGUGAACAGUCCACUCAGUGUGGGAGGAGGUGGGGCUCUGAUCGGUAACCUGGGGAAGGUGAUGUCAGUGGUCCAGACCAAUCCGGUUCAGACCGGAGCGGUGACUGCUCAGGCUGCGAGCAGCGCCUUCACCAAGUUCAUCCAGACAAAGGGCGCUCUCCCACCAGGAACCAUCUUGAAGCUGGUGACGUCAGCAGAUGGUAAACAGACGACAUUCCUCAGCACCACACAGGCCAGAUCCACCGCAACCAAACCCACCAUCCUGGGCAUCGCCCCGACAACCUCCAAACCUGGAACCACCAUCAUUAAGACCAUCCCAGUAUCUGCUCUGCAGGGAGGGGCAGGUGGUAACAGUCCAAUCACAUACCUCACCACCAAGGUGGUAUCUCCAGGAACUAUGGGUAAAAUCAUCACAACCGUCCCCAAAAUCACUGCAGGAGGUCAGCAGGGGGUCACACAGAUGGUGUUUAAAGGAGGGGCACCUGGUACCUUUCUUAGGACCGUCCCAAUUAGCGGAGUCAAGCUGGUGUCACCGGGAACAGUUGGCUCCAAACCUACCGUCACAACUCUGGUCGUCAACAGGUCAACAGGUGUGUCCAGUCUGGGGAAAGGAAGCGUCUUCACCACAGUGGCAGGUGGAGCUGUCACUGCUGCCAAUGCCUCCUUGGCAACGCCCAUUACCAACCUGGCAACAAUCGCUACGCUUGCCAACCAGGUUACCACAGCAACCGCUACUGCAGCUGUGCCCAAACAGGUGACUCUGAUCACGACUCCGAGUGGCGCUGAAGCUCAGCCACUCGUCCAGGAUCUGCCGGUCUCCAUCAUGGCGUCUCCUACCUCUGAAGAACCUGGAAGUACAAGUACUACAAGUACUACUGCUACUGUAGAGGGAGAGGCUGAAGACACUUCACUUGACACAGUGACGUCCGUCUGCUCCAACCCUCCCUGUGAGACUCACGAGACGGGGACCACCAACACUGCCACCAUCACCAGAGCAACCAUCGGCGGUAACGACAGAGUUUGCUCCAACCCGCCCUGUGAGACUCACGAAACGGGGACCACCAACACUGCCACCGUUGCCACAUCAGCCAUCGCAGGUAACAACAGAGUUUGCUCCAACCCGCCCUGUGAGACCCACGAGACGGGGACCACCAAUACCGCCACCACAGCAGGACACGGAGGCCUCAGACAGGUUUGUUCAAAUCCGCCAUGUGAAACUCAUGAGACCGGAACCACCAACACUGCCACCACAGCUACAGCUCAACAGGGUGGAGAUGUUCUGCAGGUAGACUCCACGGACCCCUCUUCCUCCUCUGACCCUUCCACCACAGCCAAUCAGAGCAGAGCUGUUACCACGGUUACACAGGCAACACCCACACCUGGACCGUCCAUACCUGAGAUCUCCUCCUUGGUCGGAGAGGACAGGAAGGAGUCCUCGGAGACAGAGGCUGUCGCCAUGUUGACAGCCGCUGCAGAGGAGGGGGAGGAAGCAGACCAGACAGUCAGCCAAUCAGAGGCUGUGAUUUCAUCAGAUGCAUCAUUGUUAAAGGUUCACAUGGAGGGCAGCGAAGCAGUAGCACAGAUGGGGACCUCAGACAGUAGUCUUCCUCAGGAGCUGAUGUCAUCAGAAGGGGAUGGAGGUGAGGUGAUCUCGGGCACAACAACCCUGAUGGUGACAACAGGACUGACCCCGGAUCAGCUGAAUGCAGGCGAAGCAGAGGGGGCGAUGGAUCAGUCCAUCCCAAUCGUUCUGACCCAGCAGGAACUGGCAGCUCUGAUCCAACAACAGCAGCAGCUACAGGAUGCCCACAACCAACCAGAGCCAGAACCAGUGCACAGUCCUCUUCCCACAGAGGGCCUUGCUCCAGCAGACAGCCUCAACGACCCAGCAGCAGAGAGCAAUGGGAAUGAGACAACCUCAUCAGCAGUAACCAGCGCUGUCGCCCGAUUGGCCAGCACGUUCAGCCCCUCCCCUCCUCUGGCAGCAGGUCCGGCUAAGAUUAAAGCUGCCGCAACAGGGGCCGUGGUGACUAAUGGCAUCACAGCAACAACAGGGGUGAAAUCUUCGGUGACAGACAGUCAGUGGUACGACGUUGGAAUUGUCAAGGUUACGAACAUGGUGGUCUCUCACUUCUAUGUCCCGUACAACGACAACAUGGCCAAUGACGACUCUGGUGUGAUGCCUGACUACAGCCAGAUGAGGAAGGUGGAGCUGCAGCCUGGGACGGCCUACAAGUUUCGUGUUGCAGGGAUCAAUAUCUGUGGCCGUGGAGCAUUCUCGGAGGUGUCUGCAUUUAAGACGUGUCUGCCUGGUUUUCCGGGGGCGCCAUGCGCAAUCAAGAUCAGCAAGAAUCAGGACGGGGCUCAGCUCACAUGGGAGCCUCCAGCCAUCACGUCUGGGAGGAUCAUGGAGUACUCUGUGUACCUUGCCAUCCGGUCCAGCCAGGCUGCCUCCUCUGCUAGGGGUCCCAGUCCCGCCCAGUUGGCUUUCAUGAGGGUCUACUGUGGUCCUAGCCCAUCCUGCCUCGUCCAGGCUUCCAGCCUUGCCAACGCACACAUCGAUCACACCACCAAGCCCGCCAUCAUCUUCCGCAUCGCCGCCCGCAACCAGAAGGGCUACGGGCCGGCAACACAGGUCCGGUGGUUACAAGAAACAAGUAAAGACGCAAAAACAACGAUAAAGAGACCAGGACCUACAGAUCUGUAAGAACCCCCCCCCCAGUAAACCUGUUGGACCAAAGAAGUUCAGAACCGACAUAUAGGAGGAGGCCGCAGAGGAGUGUGCUUAGUCACCUUUAUCCUAGGCUCCACCCAGAAGCUGGUUACCAUGACGACUAGUACCUGCGGCACUGACAGCUCAGGAAAGACACGUUUGUUGUAUAUUUAAACAUUAUCAACCAAUCAGGACGUCUACAGUGUUUAUUAUCAGGGAGAUUGCGAGGGGUGGAGUCAUUUCAUGUAAUAAUGGAAACAAAGUUUGAACUUAUUUGAGUUUUAGCUGUCUGUAGGUCAAAUGUCGCACCUAGGGUGGGGCCUCUUUUGGGGGCGGGGCUUAUACCACCUCUUUAUUUAAUUUAUUUUCUUUGCUGUUUUUCUUUCCGUUUUAUAAACAUCUAAGAGUUCUCUCUUCUGUUGUUGAGGCGUCUGUUGGCCGCCGUGACGUAGCAUUCCCAUUGGUCAGUGGAUACAUUUUCUAGCUGUUUGAUAAUCAAACCUGAGUGUGAAUAUUCUCUGGAAAAAUAAAGAUUUUUAGAGCAUUUUUUUUACCAACUGUGUGGACUCCACUUCCUGUUUUUCACUGUUGUUUAUCACUGGUUUAUAUUUAUUCUGUGUAACGUCAUUCUUAUUUUAUAAAUAAAGUUUUUCAUUCAUUUUUUUC